AUGUCCACAGCACUAAAAAAAUCGGAGAUCCGAAAUCGAAAGGACGACGCCAAGGCCAUUAACGUCAAGGACGUGCCGGUGUCCCCCGAGGGAGCGGUCCAGGAGGAGCCUCGACACCCUCGAAGAGAAGCAUCCGGCACUUUUGAGGAGAUUUCCGUCACCUCCACAUCGGAGAACAUUGUCAGUUGUUUCAAGCUGGUCACCGACGCUCUGGCCCAGCGACGAAACCGGGCUAACCGCCGAGUCAUCUUCCACUACUACACUCUGGGUGCCCUGUUGUCUCUGUAUGUUUUGGUUCGAGUCUUCAACGACCCCGUGGAGGACUUUGGCAAGUUCCUGGUUUUCAUGUGUGCCGUCACCAUCGCCACUCUCUCUCUUGCCAGUAGAACCACCGACAAGCUGAUUCGAGACGCCGAGAGCUCUGUGGUGGCGGAUGUGCUGGUUCCCCAGUCCGACACCAAGGCUUACCUGUUCAACGGCACUGUGGUUGGAGUCUGUCUGCUGGCUGUUUCCGAUGAGAUUGACAAGGAGAAUGAGAACAACUACUACAAGUUCCCCAUUGAGGACCAGGCUGUCUACAUCACCGCCUGGACUGUCAUGCGAAAGUACCGACGAACUGGCCUUGGAAUGGACCUGCUCUUCUGGGCCGUUAACACUGCUCGAGACGUGACAAGCAAGAAGGUCAAGCCCAACGCGAACCGAAUCAUUAUCGAGACCAUUUCCGCCGAGAACGAGGCUGAGAACCUGCUUAUGGCUGCGGGCUUCGAGCUUAACAACUCGCGAAAGAUUGAGGGCUGGAUGGGCAAGUGCGGCAUGGAGUACCGGCAGUGGAUUCUUCACAUGGACGCCAUUGGAGCCAUCAUGGAGGAGAAAGUCGAGGAGGCUUCCGCACCCACCAUUUAG